AUGCAGCCCGGGAUACGUAAGUGAGUGCGACCGAGCAACACAGCCAAUGCCUCGAAGCAGGAAGCGAAUCGCUAAGACCAGAAUGAAGGCAUGCUUGAACUGUAUCAGCGUUUACAGCAUCUGAACUUCACAUUGGAGGGAGAUUUAUCAUUCGUUAACUCCUGGGACUUCUUUGCGCCGCAUCCGAGCGAACAAUUCGAGCAGUUGACAUCUACAGGCCCCUAUGCAGGGACUCUGCAAGCCUUCGCGACAGGCGUAAGACUCAGAACUCGAUACAUGAAAUUACUCGAACAGGCUCUGGCCAAAAAUCAGACCACUUUCUGGGCGAGCCAGUCGGACCGCGUGAUUGAGAGCGCCCGACUGUUUGCGACAGGAUUUCUCGGUCUGGACUUCGAGGAAUUUGCCACGCUGGAAAUCGUCCCAGAGACACUUGAUCGAGGAGUAAACACGCUGACGCCAGGGCGUGCAUGUCCGAACUAUGCAACGGACCGCCAAGGCCAUGGAAGCGGUGCUGAGCACUGGGAUGCCUUCCGCCAGACAUAUCUAUCGGACAUCAGUUCUCGUCUGCAAGCACAGAACCCAAGCAUCGAAUUCUCCAGCUCCGAAGUCUAUUCCAUGCAAGAGAUGUGUGCCUUUGAGACUCUCGCCAAGGGCUCAUCGGAGUGGUGCAAUGCCUUCGCGAAAGAAGAACAGUUGCAAUUCGAGUACGCUCGAGAUGUCAUGUACUAUUACAGAUCCGGUCCUGGAAACAAGUAUGGACCAACAUUAGGAUGGCUUUGGCUAAAUGCCACAGCGAACUUGCUGCACCAGGGACCUGAAGCCGGACCCAUCUUCUUGAGCUUCGUUCAUGAUGGCGACAUGAUUGCCCUUCUCGCCGCGAUGGACGUUUUUCCUCAGAAACCUCACCUGCCGACUUCGCAUCUCUUGCCAAAUCGUACCUGGAAGAUGUCAGAUGUCACGGUAUGUCUGUGUCUUUGAUGUAGACUUAGCCUCAAGCUUGCUGAUAUGGACACAGCCAAUGGGCGGUCGCUUCAUUCUCGAACGCUUUGUCUGUCCGGCACCGCAGGUCUGUUGGGAUAAUGCGGAAUAUGGCUAUCCGAAUCACAUUUACUGUAAGAAAACUCAGAGAAACCACGGACCAACUACACGCUGACCUAAUUCUCCAGGCGAUCCGCCAAAGAACGAUACCUACGUACGGCUCAAUAUCAACGACGGCAUCGUGCCAAUUCCGGACUGCACAGACGGACCGGCUGGUGGAUGCAGUCUGGACAGGUUUCUACACCGAGUGAGACAGCGUGGUGAAGAUAUCGACAAUUACGCAGAGCUUUGUGGCCUGUCUGAGGAGGUCCCAAAGCGUCUUACGUUUCUGCAUCAAUAG